CUUCUGAAGAACUGACGGUUAAUGGAUGAAUGGAUCUGAUCGAGCUGAGAAAGAAUAUGCUAGAUACAUGCCUUUGAGAUGAAGAGCACUGACAGCCAUCGCAGCUUAUAAUCAGUAACUCUGAUGCUUGAAGUGUUGGCGAUGAGAUAUUUCCAUGAGACGUAUUUAGAUCUCUCCACUUCUACAAGGCUAGUUUUACAGAAUGUUGGGAAUAAACGGUAUGUCAGAUAUGGCUGAGACUGCGAGGAUGAGCCGCAUGUUUUACAUUUUUCACAAAUUUUGGGAAAUAAAAUGUACGCUUGCUGCUCUACAGUAACUUUGGAACAGGACCUCAACAAAAAAAUGCAUAUCUGGAUGCUGCAGAUGAUCGCAUUUGCUUUAACAUCGCUAGUUCUUUCGUGGGCAGAAAGCAUCGAGUAUUAUGGGGAAAUCUGUGAUAAUGCGUGUCCUUGUGAGGAGAAGGACAGUAUCUUAACGGUGAGCUGUGAAAACAGAGGGAUCAUCAGCCUUUUUGAGAUCAGUCCACCGAGRUUCCCUGUCUACCACCUCCUGUUGUCAGGGAACCUUUUGAACAGGCUGUACCCUAACCAGUUUGUCAAUUACACCGGGGCUUCAAUUUUGCACCUGGGGAGCAACGACAUACAGGACAUCGAAACGGGCGCCUUUCAUGGUCUGAGAGGUUUGAGGAGGCUGCACCUGAACAACAACAAGCUGGAACUUCUACGGGAUGACACUUUCCUUGGGCUAGAGAGUUUGGAGUAUCUACAAGUAGAUUAUAAUUACAUUAGUGUCAUCGAACCCAAUGCCUUCAGCAAGCUGCAUUUGCUGCAGGUGCUCAUUCUCAAUGAUAAUCUCCUCUCCAGUUUGCCCAACAACCUUUUCCGUUUUGUGCCCUUAACUCACCUGGACUUGAGGGGUAACCGGCUGAAGCUGUUGCCCUAUGUGGGCCUUUUACAGCACAUGGAUAAAGUGGUGGAGCUGCAGCUGGAGGAAAACCCCUGGAAUUGCUCUUGCGAGCUGAUUGCUCUAAAGGAUUGGCUGGACAGUAUCUCCUACUCUGCUCUUGUGGGAGAUGUGGUUUGCGAGACUCCUUUCCGAUUACAUGGUCGAGACCUGGACGAGGUCUCCAAGCAGGAGCUUUGCCCCAGGAGACUCAUUUCGGAUUAUGAAAUGAGACCGCAGACGCCACUGAGCACCACAGGGUAUUUCCACACUACCCCGGCUUCGGUGAACUCCGUGGCCACUUCCUCUUCAGCUGUUUACAAAUCUCCCUUGAAGCCUCCCAAGGGCACCCGCCAACCCAACAAGACGCGGGUGCGUCCCACCUCCCGCCUGCCCUCAAAAGACCUGGGAUACAGCAACUAUGGCCCCAGCAUCGCCUACCAGACCAAAUCUCCGGUGCCUUUGGAGUGCCCCACUGCCUGCACUUGCAACUUGCAGAUUUCAGACCUGGGCCUCAACGUCAACUGUCAGGAGAGGAAGAUUGAGAGCCUUUCCGAACUGCAGCCCAAACCCUAUAAUCCUAAGAAAAUGUAUCUGACAGAGAACUACAUUGCUCUGGUGCGCAGGGCGGAUUUUGUGGAUGCCACUGGGCUGGAUUUGCUACAUCUGGGCAAUAAUCGUAUCUCAGUUAUUCAGGAUCGGGCUUUUGGGGAUUUAACUAAUUUGCGAAGACUGUACCUGAAUGGGAACCGCAUCGACAAGCUGAGCCCAGAGCUGUUCUACGGGCUGCAGAGCCUGCAGUACCUCUUCCUGCAGUACAAUGUGAUCCGGGAGAUAGAGGCAGGCACCUUUGAACCCGUUCCCAAUCUGCAGCUCCUGUUUUUGAACAACAAUCUGCUGAGAUCCUUGCCUGGGAACAUUUUUUCUGGUCUGUCUCUCUACAGGCUGAGCCUGCGCAGCAACCACUUCUCCUUCCUGCCGGUGAGCGGGGUGCUGGACCAGCUCAAGUCUCUGCUGCAGAUCGACCUGCAUGAAAACCCCUGGGACUGCACAUGUGAUGUGGUGGGCAUGAAGCUAUGGCUGGAGCAGCUCAACACUGGUGUCCUGGUAGACCAGGUGAUCUGCAAGUCGCCCAAGAAGUUUGCCCAGAGCGACAUGCGAGCCGUGCGGACCGAGCUGCUGUGCCCCGACUACUCAGACAUCGUGGUGUCCACUCCCACGCCAUCCUCUGGCCCACGGCCGCCGCGGACCACGCCAUCCUCCUCCACGGUGCGCCUCAACGGCACAGUGGCCACAGCGCCUGCGGGCAGCCCCGGUGGUGGCCCCAGCUCCUCCGUGCCGCUCUCCGUGCUCAUCCUCAGCCUGCUGCUUGUCUUCAUCAUGUCUGUCUUCGUGGCCGCGGGGCUCUUUGUGCUCGUCAUGAAGCGCCGCAAGAAGGGCCAGGGCGACCCUGCCAGUGCCAACAACUCCGACGUGAGCUCCUUCAACAUGCAGUACAGCGUCUACAGCGGUGGCGGCCACCACCACCAUCACCCGCACCACCAGCAGCAGCAGCACCGAGGCGGCGGCGGUGGCGGGGGGGCAGCGCUGCCCAAAGUGAAGACCCCCGCGGGGCACGUUUACGAGUACAUCCCGCACCCCCUGGGCCACAUGUGCAAGAACCCCAUCUACCGCUCCCGGGAGGGCAACGCGGGCGAGGAUUACAAAGACCUCCACGAGCUCAAGGUCACCUAUGGCGGGCACCCUACGCAGCCGGCGGGGGGGCCACCGCCGCCGGCGCCGCCGGGCGCGGAGGACGCGCCCCUGCGCAGCGCCGCGUACAGCGUGAGCACCAUCGAGCCGCGCAGCGAGCUGCGCUCACCCACACAGGAGGCCGAUCGCUUCUACAGGGGCAUUUUGGAGCCYGGCAAACACUCGCCUCCCCCCACGCUGGGCCCCCCCGGCUCUACUCUCCCUGACUACCCCAAGCUCCCCGCCGCCGCCUACACCUACUCCCCCAACUAUGACCUUAGGCGUCCCCAGCAGUAUUUGCACCCGGGGCCGGCCGAGGGCCGGCUCCGGGAGGCGGUGCUCUACAAUCCCCCGAGUACUGUCUAUGUAGAGCCCAACAGGAACGAGUACCUGGAGCUAAAAGCAAAACUAAACGCAGAGCCGGACUACCUCGAAGUGCUGGAAAAACAGACCACAUUCAGCCAGUUCUGAGAAACACCCCUCUCCAGCCUCCCCAACUACUCCAGCAGCUCCUUCUCUAGA